AUGAGUGAAAAUAAAGAUGUAACAAUGGAAACAGAAGAGGAAACAAUUGAUGGAGAGGAUGUUAUAGAAGACAAUGAAAAAAGUGUAAAUAAAAAAUCAAAUAAAAAAUCAAGUAGUAAUAUACCUAUACCAUCUUUGACCCCCACAGAAAAUAAUGAUAAGAAAAUAGUAACAACAACAAAUGAAACAAAUUCAACACCAACCACAGUAUCAACAUCAUCAUCAACAAAUGCACAACCAUCUAAUACAACUAAUACUACCACAACAACAUUACCAUCACCAUCACCAUCACCAUCACCAUCAACAACCACUACAAAUACAUUAAAUAGUAAUACAGAUACAUCAUCAUCAUCAUCAUCAUUAUCAUCAUCUACAAAUGCGAAUGCAACACCAACAACAACCCCAACACCAACAACUACAACUACAACUACAACAGCAGCAGUAGUUACACCAAUAGCAACAAUAUUACCAAAGAAAAGGAUGAAACAAGAGGUUAUAGUGGAGAUUGAAGAGUUAAUGUCAGAGAAAAAGAAUAUAGAAAAUAAAUUAGCCACACUAGAGAAACAAAUUUAUGCAUUGGAGGGCAGAUAUUUAGAGGAUACUCAUCAUGUGGGUAAUGUUAUUAGAGGAUUUGAUAGUUAUAUAUCUGGUAGUGGCGCUUUAAAAAAAUUAAGAUGGAAAGAAUCUGAUCGUCUUUUUUCAACAUCUUCUUCUACUUAUUUAAAUUCUAUAAACGAUAGAAAUGAAAUAGUGGAACAAGAUAAUGUAAUAAAGAAAAAAAGAGAUAAAGGAAAAUUAUCUUCAUCUUCAAAUUCUUCAAAGAAAAAUUAA